UUGCCUAGUGACCUGCUGCAAGACCUGGAGAGUUGUGAUAGUGAUCCUGUUGCAAUUGCAGAAUGUUUUGUAGCAAAGAGUGAAGAAUUUCACAUCUAUACGCAGUAUUGUACAAACUAUCCCAGAUCUGUGGCUGUGUUAACAGAGUGUAUGAGAAACAAAGUGCUUGCCAAAUUCUUCAGAGAGCAACAGGAAUCCUUGAAACACUCCCUACCUCUGGGAUCCUACCUUCUUAAACCAGUGCAACGCAUCCUAAAGUACCAUCUCCUCUUGCAUGAAAUAGCUAAUCAUCUGGAGAAGGACACAGAGUGCUAUGAUGUAGUGCAGGAUGCCAUUGACACAAUGCAAAGAGUGGCUUGGCACAUUAAUGACAUGAAGAGGAAACAUGAGCAUGCAGUUAGGCUUCAGGAAAUACAGAGCCUUCUGACAAACUGGAAAGGUCCAGAUCUGACCAGCUAUGGAGAGCUGGUCUUAGAGGGGACAUUCCGUAUACAGCGAGCCAAAAAUGAACGCACUUUAUUUCUUUUAGAUAAACUUCUUCUCAUCACUAAAAAAAGAGAAGAGACUUACACCUAUAAAGCUCAUAUUUUGUGUUGUAACCUGAUGCUUGUGGAGGUAAUUCCAAAGGAAUCCUUGAGUUUCAGUGUCUUCCACUACAAGAAUCCUAAAGUGCAGCACACAGUACAGGCCAAGUCAACACAGGACAAGAGGCUUUGGAUUCUUCAUCUGAAGAGGCUUAUUCUUGAAAAUCAUCCAGCAAAGAUUCCAGCUAAGGCAAAACAAGCAAUUCUGGAGAUGGAUGCCAUACAUCAUCCUGGCUUCCACUACAGCCCAGAGGAUGAGAGAAAGGCAGACGCACGUGUGAAGGAAGACAGAAUCGCAACUCGUAGAGUCCGAAGGAAGUCUGAACCAUCAGCAAGAUUGAAGUCUGCUAAACAAAUGGAAAGAAGACAAGACAAGCGUGCCAGUAUUGAAGGGUCCCUCCUUUCUCCAUCAGUGGAAGUAUUGUCUAGUAAAGGGUCUUCCGGUUCCAAAUGUGAAAUCAGUGCACUUGGUCAUGGUGACACAGUCAACCGAUCACAGGAGUCCUUGGUGCCAGCUUAUCCAAGUGACCAUGAGGAUAGUGUCCAGCUACGCACCUUGGAGCAGACUGAUGCUGAUGAUGAAGAAGAAGUUGACAUUGAUCAGGUUGAAGAUGGUGCUAAUUUUGCUACAAUUCAGAUGCAUACCCUUGAUGUCUCUGAUCUUUUGAUCCUUCCCUGA